CGGCGCGAUGCACGUGCGCUCGCUGCGCGCCGCGGCGCCACACAGCUUCGUGGCUCUCUGGGCGCCUCUGUUCUUGCUGCGCUCCGCCCUAGCCGACUUCAGCCUGGACAACGAGGUGCACUCGAGCUUCAUCCACCGGCGCCUCCGCAGCCAGGAGCGGCGGGAGAUGCAGCGGGAGAUCCUGUCCAUCUUGGGCUUGCCCCAUCGCCCGCGCCCGCACCUCCAGGGAAAGCAUAACUCGGCGCCCAUGUUCAUGUUGGACCUGUACAACGCCAUGGCAGUGGAGGAGAGCGGACCCGAUGGCCAGGGCUUUUCCUACCCCUACAAGGCCGUCUUUAGUACCCAGGGUCCCCCUUUAGCCAGCUUGCAGGACAGCCACUUCCUCACCGACGCCGACAUGGUCAUGAGCUUCGUCAACCUCGUGGAACAUGACAAGGAAUUCUUCCACCCCCGCUACCACCAUCGGGAGUUCCGGUUCGAUCUUUCCAAGAUCCCCGAGGGGGAAGCCGUGACUGCAGCUGAGUUCCGAAUCUAUAAGGACUACAUCCGGGAGCGUUUUGACAAUGAGACCUUCCAGAUCAGAGUCUACCAGGUGCUGCAGGAGCACUCAGGCAGGGAGUCGGACCUCUUCUUGUUGGACAGUCGUACCCUGUGGGCUUCUGAGGAGGGCUGGCUGGUGUUUGACAUCACAGCCACCAGCAACCACUGGGUGGUCAACCCUCGACACAACCUGGGCCUGCAACUCUCCGUGGAGACCCUGGAUGGACAGAGCAUCAACCCCAAGUUGGCGGGCCUGAUUGGGCGGCACGGACCUCAGAACAAGCAACCCUUCAUGGUCGCCUUCUUCAAGGCCACAGAGGUCCAUCUGCGGAGCAUCCGGUCCACUGGGGGCAAGCAGCGCAGCCAGAACCGCUCCAAGACACCCAAGAACCAAGAGGCACUGAGGAUGGCCAGUGUGGCAGAAAACAGCAGCAGUGACCAGAGGCAAGCCUGCAAGAAACACGAACUGUAUGUCAGCUUCCGAGACCUCGGCUGGCAGGACUGGAUCAUCGCCCCUGAAGGCUAUGCUGCCUACUACUGUGAGGGGGAGUGUGCCUUCCCUCUAAACUCCUACAUGAAUGCCACCAACCACGCCAUCGUCCAGACACUGGUUCAUUUCAUCAACCCGGACACGGUGCCUAAGCCUUGCUGUGCGCCCACACAGCUCAACGCCAUAUCCGUCCUCUACUUCGACGACAGCUCCAAUGUCAUCCUGAAGAAGUACAGAAACAUGGUGGUCCGGGCCUGUGGUUGCCACUGACCUCUUCAGAGAGCCCGACCCUUUGGGGCCACAUUGUUCCAGAUCUGAGGUGUCUCACCACCUAGUCUCUCACUGCCCACCUUGGCGAGGAGCAAACAGAUCAGCCAUCUCUCCGGAGCCUUCCGAACCUCACCUCCCCGACUGGAAAUACGUAAGGCGUUAGAACCCUGAGUGCCCUGGCUGGCCAGCGGGCUGUGAUUCUGGCACGUUAUGGACAAGAUCCUACAAGCUGCCACAGGCAACGUUUAGCAGGAAAAAGAUCUCCCAAGGAAGAGUCCGUUGGACACGUGGCCUCCGUGGUGCUGAGCCCUUGAGGGGUAAUCACUAGUGUUCUCCAGCCAGGCCAUCAGCUGCAGCAGGAGGAAGGGCACAGCCAGGGUGGGCGCUUACGUCUGUGCUGAAGGAAGACCAGCAGAAGUCCCUGUAAUAAAAUGUCACAAUAAAACCCAUGAAUGAAAAUGGUUAGGAUGUCACAGAUAUAUUUUCCUAAACAAUUUAUCCCCGUUUCUUGGUUUAUUCUGACUUCAUAAACAGAAGCUAGGGCCUGUGGAGGCUGGAGGGCCCCCCUCCUUUCCAUUUGGUUUCCUUCUGAGGCUUCAGGGCCCAGUGUUUACCAGAACUGCCCAAAUCCACUGUAUAGAGAGGGGAAGGAGGGAUGUCUGCUCAGAAGAAGCCAGGGAGUGCUGGCCUCAAAGGAGACACACAUUGGGGUGGAGAAGGAGGGAGGCACACACGUGCACGCAUGUGUGAAACACACCAAGACUUUGGCUCUGCCAGCCCCUUGGCCCCAGUUCCCUCCCUGUACUGGGAAAUAAUGAGAAAAUUCAAAGUGAAUAAGCAGAAAGGCAGGACAGGACCUGUGCUCCGUCCCUAGUGAGGAAGCACAGGGGUUAGCCCAAAGCCCAUGGUGCAGGGGCAGUGUCCUCUAAAUAAGGACAUCUGGCACCUCUCUGGCCACACUCCAGAGCCAGGCCCUGCCCUUUACAGCUGCCUCUCCUCACUCUCAACCCCAUCAGAAGGCCCUGCACCAAACUGCUUCCUCAAUCUGGGGGAGACUGGGUUCAGGGAUGUCCUGUACUUGGAAGGACUUAGAGGGCAACUUCCUGACCUGAAUUCCUGCCUUAGAGGGGCCAGUCUGUCAUGGCUCAAGCAAGCCCACUCUGCCUGGGUCUGCGGUGCCCUAACUAUCAUGCACCAGUCCCUAGCUUCAUGUACAAAGCUGUGGCGAGGGCUGGACAAUCUGCCAAUGAUUCCCACAUCCACACGAAGAAUGGGGUUAGCCAGGUGGGACCCAUUGCCCUGUAGAGUCUGGUCACAUGGGGAACCCAUUCUCCAUAUCUGUGAUCCUGGAAACACUGGGUUCUCUUCUGUUAUUUUUCUUCUUCAGUAGCUUGGGCUGCAGCCUCCACUCUGCCUGAUCAAUGGAGAGAAGAAUCAUCUUGUAAUUUGUUUUGUGUCUUGGCAGAUCUGGGGCUUUUUUGUGUGAAUCCCUCUCGGUAUGCAUUUUACCACUCAUGGCCCUAAUCCGUCCGCAGUGUUUUUUGUACAUUUAAAUGUGUAAAUAAUUGUGACAAGACAAAUUAUUUAUUUCCAUCUGAAGUUCUUUUCAAAGGCUCCUCGUGGAGAACAAUGGGGUCGCUUUCCUUCAAUCUGUUUGUUUUCUUAUUUAAAACUAUUUAUUAACAGUCGGACCGAUGUACCCAUAGCUGUCGAAUAAAGUGGUCCUUAGUGAAAACGCUGUAUGAUUAGAGGAAAGGGGUUUGACUUUGCAAUAAAAGGAGACAUUUGGUUCUGGUUG